AUGGCUUUUGUGAGAUUAUUCGCUAGCCUGCUCGUGGCCUUGCGAUUUAGACAGACUCCAGGAUUGAGACCGUCGAUAACAGAAGCCGCAGAGACCAAGAAAAGAAGGGGAUCGAGAAUAGGAGAAGUGCCUGGGCCAAUGAUCAUCCCGGUCACAUCAGUCCUCGAAUCCGGUCCCAACGUCGAUCGCACAAAUCGCGCCAGGAUUAUCUGUGAUGCUUUACUACGCUCUCUAGACGGAUCGUUUACCUGCGAAUCGGGAUGCUGGUCCCCCACUCCGCGCGAUGUCUCCCUGGGUGGACCAGAGUUGCAGAUGGUCCAGAUCUAUUCCUGGCAGGGCGACUAA